UAAAAAUGGCGGCUGUGCCAAAACACCGACGAGUAGUCUCGUCUAAAUCAGCUUAACCUUGUCCCCAAAAUGUGACAAUUGUGACUUGAUCUUUGUGUAUACUUGGAGGAAAAGUCUCACACAGACACCAGAGCGACAAUGAAACGACGCUUUCAGUACCUUUCCACCAGGAGCAGACUGUUUGGAUUUCGCAAGACCCCCUUCAACAUUGUCCUGAUCGUCUUACUCCCGUGUCUGUUAAUACUUCCGUACGUGCUUCUACACGGAAUUCGACUUGGAAGCGAAGAGGAGACGGUCAUCACCAAAACCGACGGCACAGAUUCGGAAGAAAUUCUGCAAGAUUUCGUAAACGGCAGCACGCAUGACACAGACUCAACUGAAACAGACUCAGAAGAGACAUUUUCAGAAGAAGAAGAAGAAGAAGAUUCUGACUCGGACGAGUGGAGCUUCAACCCGCUGCCAGCCCUGAAGGCUCUGUGGAGUAAAACAGAGACUCCCCUACCAGAUGUACCUGAGUUAGACACGGUAGAAGAUCAGUCCAGUCAGCCCAGCACCAACCCCAUAAUACAAAGAAUAGAGAAACACUGGAACGUAAAACUUUGCCAAGCCUUGCAGAAUUUAAGUCGACGCUUCUACGACCCAAGACGACACGUCAUCCACCUCAGAGAACUGUACAAGUUCCAGAGAUACUGUAACUACUCCACCUUCACCUUAAAGACUUCCAAGACAAGACCCUGUGACGUCGUCAGCACUCCCAUAAAACAGUACCGCACGUGCGCAGUGGUAGGAAACGGAGGCAUCCUCCUAAGCAGCGGUUGCGGCGCCGAAAUAGACGCGCACGAUUUCGUCGUCCGUUCCAACCUCCCUCCCACGCUACCCUACCGGCGAGACGUCGGCAUCAGGACCAACUUCACGGCGGUCAAUUACGAGCGCCUCAUCCAAGUCAGGGACCAGCUGAAGUCGACGAAUCCGCGCGUUCUUGACGACGUGUUCACGCGGUUCCGGAUCUCUCCUGGGAUGGUGUUCGCGUACGGACUGAGUCUUAACGACGAGCGGAACCAGAGGAGAAUGACGGGGACGGCGCGGACCGUCAGGGAGAGAGGCCUGCCGGUCACGUUCGCGUUCGCCCACCGAUCGUACAUGGACAGCAAAGGGAUGUGGUAUCUACUGUCUGGUAAGAAGAACCACCUCCCGUCCACGGGUCUGAACGUGAUGGGGCUGGCCUCGUCCUUCUGUGACCGGAUCUCGCUGUACGGGUACUUCCCCUUCGACUCGGACAUACACGGCAAGAAGCUUCCCUACCACUACUACGACCAGAAGCUGGCAGAGGGCUCACACAACAUGGCCAACGAGUUCAUGAUCUUCAGGACGCUGCACGAUCUCGGGAUCAUCCGACACGUCAUAGGUCCCUGCGAACAGACUUGAUUAUUGAUCAUUAUUGUCUUCGUCAGAAAGACUAUGAAAUUGUCUCGCCGCAUUGUGGGUGACUGCGGAUUUAUCGGAAUAACUCUUGAAGGC